GUGCAAGUCCGGGCGCGAGCCCCGCUCUCUCAGUUCUGCGCGUUCGUGUUUGUUGUGUCCGCCGUGUCCGGUGAUCACUCAGUUGUUGCAAACGCGUUCGGCGGGCAAGAGGCAAGUGCAAGUGCUGCGGUCGUUGCGAGAGUGCGCGCGGCGUGGUGACAACAUGGCUACCGACUACACCAAGCUCACGAAGGACGAGCGUGCGGAACUCUCGGAACAAUUCAACAUUAUUGAUAAAAACAACGAUGGAUACAUUGACAUCAAAGAAUUACGCGAGGCGUUGGACGUGUGCGGUUUCAAACUGCCAGCGUACAAAGUGCGCGAAAUGGAGGAAGAGUUCAAAAACAAGAAGCGUACGAAUAUCGUUGGGAAACUGUCCUAUGAAGAAUUCGAGCGUUUGUGCAGCGAUUUGAAGGCGAACGAAGUGGCCAGCACGUUCAAACAGAUGACCACACGCAAAGAGAACCUUUUGACUGUCCAUGGCACAUCUCAUGCGAGUAAUGAAGGCACCAUGCAUUCGGUACGCGUGGAAGAACAACUUGCCUUCUCUGAUUGGAUUAAUUCCAAUCUGUCACACGAUAAGGACCUCGCCCAUUUGUUACCGAUCGAUGCAGAGGGACAGCUUUUAUACGAGAAAGUCAAAGACGGCAUUUUAUUAUGUAAAAUCAUCAAUCACUCUUGUCCGGAUACAAUUGACGAACGUACAAUCAACAAGAAGAAUUUAAAACUGUACACGAAGUUGGAGAAUUUAACUUUGGCGUUAUCCUCAUCGCAGGCCAUCGGUUGUAAUGUUGUGAACAUUGACGCACAUAAUUUGGAAAAAGGUACCCCACAUCUUGUCCUGGGGUUGCUGUGGCAAAUCAUCCGCAUUGGUCUCUUCAACCAGAUUACUCUGGAGCAUUGUCCUGGUCUCACAGCGUUGUUAAACGACGACGAACGCAUUGAGGACUUGUUUAAAUUGUCCCCGGAACAGAUUCUCCUCAGAUGGGUGAAUUACCACCUUGCUAGGUCAGGUUCAAACAGGCGUAUCCAUAACUUCACCAGUGAUAUCACUGAUUCGGAGAUUUAUACGUUGUUGUUGAAGCAGAUAGCACCUGCAGAUGCUGAUGUUAAUACCGAGGCGUUGUUUGAACGUGAUAUGCAAAGUCGUGCGGAAAUAAUGCUGCAGCAAGCGGCGAAGUUGCAGUGUCGCGCGUUCGUGACGCCGCAGGACGUCGUCAACGGCGUGUACAAGCUGAACGUCGCAUUCGUGGCGAACCUGUUCAAUAAGCAUCCGGGUCUCGAGCAGACCAACGGAACUGAGUACGAGUACGAAACCGUUGAGGAGACGCGAGAGGAGAAAACUUACAGAAACUGGAUCAACUCGAUGGGCGUGUCGCCGCACGUCAACUGGCUGUACAGCGACCUCGCCGAUGGUCUGGUGGUCUUCCAGCUGUACGAUAUUAUUAAACCAGGUAUUGUCGAUUGGAAUCGCGUGCAUCGCAAUUUUUCCAAGCUGGGGAAGUUUAUGGAGAAGCUGGAGAACUGUAACUAUGCCAUUGAGUUAGGUAAAGACAAACAGAUCAAGUUUUCGUUGGUGGGUAUUGCCGGGCAAGACAUUAACGAUGGAAACGUGACGCUGACGUUGGCGUUGAUCUGGCAGUUGAUGAGAGCGUACACGUUGUCUAUGCUCACUCAACUGGCACAAAGUGGUUCUCCUAUUGUCGAGAAAGAGAUUGUACAAUGGUGCAAUAAGCGGUUAGUUGACGCUGGAAAAACUUCCUCGUUGAGAGGUUUCCAGGAUUCGUCGAUUAGCAAUGCGAUCGUACUUAUCGAUCUCAUCGACGCCAUUAAACCCGGUGCCAUUAAUUAUGAUCUUGUGAAGACUUCGGGAUCAGAAGAGGAUAAUUUGGCGAAUGCAAAAUACGCGAUAAGUAUGGCACGUAAAACCGGCGCCAGAGUGUACGCCCUGCCCGAGGACAUCACCGAAGUGAAGCCCAAAAUGGUAAUGACAGUUUUCGCGUGCCUAAUGUCGCUGGACUAUGUCCCCAACAUGGACAGCGUGGCCGAACAGUAAUACCGCACGGCGGUCUAACCAAUUCAAUCAAACAUGAUAUCAUGCGCGUUUUGUUUUCUAAAUAAGCUUCAAAAGCAGACGUUUACUUAAACCUUAAAAUUGCGAUUAAUUUCCUAGGUGUAAUCUUCAUAUUUGAUUCGUUUACUGUGAUUGAUGGUAGUAGGUUUCCAAAACGCAUUCCCAUUGACGCGACCAAAAUACGAAAACAAUUUGUAUAUCACAAAUUCAGGUAUUGCUAGUCUUUUGUUUGCAAAGUGCAAUAAUUUUAAUCGACGCGCGGACACUUAUAGCCAAUUCUAAGGAGGAAGAAGAAGAUGAAAAAAAUCAGAAUUAUGUAACUAAAUUUAAUCAUAUAUAGCUAGCGAGGAUAAUUACGUUGAUGCGAUUGCAUACGCUCUAUUGUAUAAUUACGCUAAAAUUUCAUUAGCAUUCUCUUUGACUAUUAUAUUAAUAUUUGUGAUUUUAUCUAAAUUGAUGUUACUAUUAGACAUUCCACACGAUUAAAAACGAAACAAGCGAAACGUUGUAAUUGAACGGAAACGGAAAGCAAGCAAUCAACUAAUAAGGAUACAAAACAUGACAAAUAAUUGACGAAGUAUCUUAUAUUCCAAUUAUCUGCAAUUGAAUUUUUCUUAUGCAUUAGUUAUAAUAUUUUUCCACGAUUUGUUUUCUAUGAUGUAGAAUGUAUAAUGUAUGCUUAUUAUUUUGUUAAAGCGGAUUAUUUAAUACGUUGUAUAUAUUUAUCAGCGGAGUUUUAUCUAUUUUAUCGUUUCGCGUCGGGCAGACGCGGACGAAAUCAAGCGAUUUAUGUCAUUCUAUGUGAAAUAUGUAAAUUUUUUAAUUAUUUAGCGUUUACACUUUUAUUUACUGCAUCUUUUUGUAAGUAUGUAUUUGGCUUCGAGGAAAACUGAACCAGAAGUGCCAUGACGCCAUUUUAUAUAUCCAUACAUAUACAAAAAAAAACAUUUGAAGAGGUAGAUAAUAAUUAACAUCAUCAUUCAUCAUGAUCAAAAGCAUGGUGAUAACAUUAAGAAUUACACCAGAUGUGAAAGAGAAAUCAACUUCCAAUUAGUAUUAGGUGUUUUUAUGACAUCGAGACAUCGUUUGUACCAUUUUGUAUGCUUUGUACGACAAUGAGAAGCAAAUUUGUACUUUGUAAAUAUCGCACUUAGCGGAACAAGUGCUAUAUUUGUGUUGUGUAUUUCAACUGAUCAAAUCAACGGAAAUAAAAACGAAGAUAUGAAAGA